AUGGAUUCUACGCUUCACAGAGGGCUGAAGCUCGAUAUUCCUGCAAAUCGCUCUCAGGAAUCAGGUCAAGACGAAAAAAGCAUGAAACCAUCACAAAAACCUGCAGGUGUUCCAGCAGGGCCGCCCGGUCCACCUGGAGGAUGGCUACAUACUCGAAUGUCUAAACAACAAGAAAUUCUCUUCAAUAUAAUGAUCGCCUUCUUACAAAUUAUCCCCCAAUCUACGUUAACGACAGUCUUUCCAAUCAGUCGGUAUAUCGCUCAGACAUUUGCGAUACAGAACAACUUGAUCCUACCUUGGGUGGUGGCGGCUUAUGCAUUAUCAUUUGGCACAUUUAUCCUCAUCGGUGGGCGCUUGGGGGAUAUUUUCGGUCAUAAAUCCUUAGUCGUUAUCGGUUAUUGCUUCAUGAGCUUCUGGAGUGUUGUUGCCGGGCUGAGUCAUUACGCUGGGUAUGAGCUAUUCUUCAUUGCUCGAGGUUUCCAGGGCAUCGGAGCGAGUCUCAUGGUCCCCAACGGACUGGCCUUACUCGGACGGACCUAUCCUCCUGGUUCAAAGCAAAAGAUUCUCUCCUUCACCCUGUUUGGACUUUUCGCACCAGUGGGAGCAUACUUGGGUAUGCUUUUUGGUGCUUUAUUCACCGAGUAUUCUACCUGGUGGUGGGGCUUCUACACAUUAGCUGUUGUCACGAUCCUACUCGCAGUGACCGCUCAGGUUGUUCUCAUUUCACCGCCUCGAACACCAAAACAGAUGAAACCCACCAAAGACAAACUGCGAGAUAUGGACUGGCUUGGAGCUAUUACCGGCGUAGGUGGCCUAAUCUGUGUACAGGUCGCUCUUGUGUCUGCACCUGCUGCCGGCUGGAGCACACAAUACAUCUAUAUGCUUCUCGUCAUUGGACUGAUACUGAUCGCUUUCUUCAUCAUUGUUGAAAUCAAAGUAGCCGAGCAGCCAUUGAUACCGUUCAAAAUGCUCAAGGCCGAUGUGGGCUUUGUCCUUGGAGCGGUAGCCUGUGGAUGGGGAUCUUUCGGUAUCUGGACUUGGUUUCUCUGGAAAUAUCUCCUUGGCAUCAAGAACGACUCUCCACUGGAUGCCGCAUUGCACGUGGUUCCUAUCGUGCCAGUCGCCUUACUUGCUUCAAUUCUGACAGCGUGGAUGAUGCGGAAGUGUCGGCCUGCCUGGACUCUUUUCUGGGCCUUGGUGGCAUUUACGUUGGGGCCCCUUUUACUGGCAAUCUACCCUGAUAUCGACAAGACAAGUUACUGGACCUUCACAUUUAUCAGCUUACUCGUAAUGCCGUUUGGCAUGGACAUGUCAUUUCCCGCCGCCACCCUGGUCAUGUCGAAUUUCUUUCCACCACACAUGCAAGGAGUGGCGGGCAGUCUUAUUAGCACGACGGUCAACUACUCCAUUUCUCUAGGCCUUGGGCUUGCAUCCACCGUCGAAGUCAAUAUCAACAAACACACCGAGACCCGGUUGGCUGGAAUUCGUGGAGGAUGGUAUAUGGGUGUUGGGCUGGGCGGCCUUGGUACAAUAAUAUGCAUGGCGUUUGUGGUAAAGUCUAUAUUUUACCCUUCGUCACCACUUCCAAAGGGUCCACCUGGAGGAUCGGGCGUGCAGAUGGCUCAAGCACCACCCAACGGCCGUGUUCUGGAGAUGGAGCCUCGCAAAGGAAGCGAUACUGCCAUUUUGAGCCCAAGCUCGACUAUCGUUCCUGACAGGAUAGGCUCGAUGAGCCCAGAAAGACGAGAUCACGGCUUUUUGAAGAAAUUUAAUUUUGAAAUGUCUCCAAGAACUUCUAUGAUGAAUUCACCGCGAUCAUCCUUCAUCAACGGCUUUCAGUCGCGUACAAAGACAAAGCAACAACAGGGAGAACGCACAAAAUACUACCACAGCGUCACCAAAAAGGAACAUCACUCCCGCAGCGAGAGUACUCAGCACAUUCUACCGCCGUUUGGAUCCGAUUCGAGAUCCAACGCCCACACACCUUGGCAGAAAAUCCCGUCGUCUCCUUCGGGCCCGGCGAUGCGCCUGCCUACUGAGCCACCAACAGCCCUGCUUCGAUCUAAGGCAACCUUUGAGAGUCUUGACGCUGAUCAGCCAGGCCCAAGCGUGGAUGAGGACAAGGAUGGCUGGACUCACCAUAGUCGCAAUAAAUCAGACAGAACAAUAGUCGAUGGCUAUGUGUGUGGACGAUCACCACCACAAAGGUAUAGGCGAACUUCAGAUGCUGAUAGAGACCAGGAUGGAUUUCGGCUCGACAGCCCCGUUGUGGUGCCUCGGGGUAUGCUGGGUGAUCAAUUUUGA